AUAAUUCUUAACUUCAAUUUACAUUUAAUACCCCACAAGCUUGUUUUAUCUUACUACUACUUCAUACAUAGACAUACAACUACAGUAAUGAGUUCACCCAAUUCCCCAAUUUCUCCUGUGGGAUCUCCAUUAACCGAAUCAUCUUCAACUGAUUCCUCAAUUUUAACUACCGCCAACACCGCUAAUUAUGGCACUAAAACCGCCGGAGGUAACCCCAGAAUAUACAACUGCAAAAUGUGCCUGCGGGCAUUCACAAGAGAAGAGCAUUUGACUCGCCACACACUUUCGACCCACAAUAAACUUAAACCAUUCACAUGCGGAUUAUGUAGUCGACCCUUUAGCAGAAGAGAUUUAUUAUUAAGGCAUGCAAAAAACUUACACCAAGGUAGUGAAUUGGCUGUAAGUCGGAUAAGGAAGAGUUAUAAAAGAGAACAUGACUCACAACGGAGUCAAAGUAUCAGUGAUGAGGAACUCCCUACAAAUCGUUUCAAUAUCACAUUUGCAAACAAGAAUUAUAAAACUGAUUCAAUAAUGCCAGUUCCACCAGUACAGGUUGCAAAUCCAAGUAUGAUGACCGCUGCUGCUACAACAACUACAACCACGACAAUAUCGCCAGCAACAACCAGUACACCACCCGUGGUUCCUACAGUGAAGAAAAGUUUUGAUGAUUUUGACACACCUGAGAAAAAGCGAUUGAAAAUGUCAGUGGAUAUGCUUGUCAGUUAACUGACUCUAUUUAAAAAAAAUCCGUGGUACGGAAAAUGGGAGGGGCGGUUAUUACUAUGAUUAUUAUUAUUAUUAUUAUUAUUAUUACUACACAAUUAUUAUUUAGUUUGCUUUACUUUAACAUGCUUUUGUGUUUUAUUUUAAUUUAUUUUUUAAG